AUGAAUUGUUUAUCAAUCAAUUUAAGGGGGGUGCGCAGUAGUCGUAAGUCAGAUUGGAUCAAAGGGCUUAAAACUAGUUAUGGUAUACACUUUCUCGCCAUCCAGGAAACGAAAUUACAAGCGUCAGAGACGUUUAGGUUCAACCAGUUUUGGGGUCGAGCUGAAUUCAAGGUUGCUGUAGUGGACUCUCAGGGCAGAUCCGGUGGUCUUGCAUGUCUAUGGUCCCCAGCGGUGUUCAGGUGUGUAGACACUUACUAUAAUAGACACUUUAUCAUCGUGUCGGGUUUUUUGGUUCAGUCGGGGUGCAAAAUUAAUCUUGUUAACGUUUAUGCUCCUAAUGAUGCUAUUAGUAGACGUGGUGUCUGGAUGGAAAUUAUGGGGUUCAGAAACUCUUUACAAGGGUUAUGGGUCAUGAUGGGGGAUUUUAAUGAUGUACGGGAUGAAAGUGAGCGUAUGAACUCAGAGUUUGUUGAAGCUAAUGCGAGGGCCUUCAAUGAUUUUAUUAUUGCAGCCGGGCUAGUGGAGUAUAAUAUGGGUGGUGGAAAUUUCACAUAUAUUUCGGAUAAUGGUAAAAAGCUGAGUAAGUUGGAUCGCUUCCUUGUGUGUUUGGGGUUUAGGGAGAAUUGGCCAAAUGCGAGUGUGGUUGCCUUGGCUAGGGAGGUCUCGGAUCAUCGGCCUAUUGUUCUCUCCACCGUUCAAUCAGAUUUUGGUCAUAUCCCUUUCAGAUUCUUUAACUCAUGGUUUGAAUUUCCUGGAUUCCUCGAAUUUGUUCUCCAGAACUGUGGUGCUUUUCAAUUCGCGGGGCCGGGGGAUUUUGCACUUGCGAUUAAAUUCUGGUGGCUUAAAGACAAAAUUAAAUCAUGA